AUGUCACAAAAUAAUCUCAAAUUUAACAUUUUCUUAAUGUCGGCAACAUUUUUGGCACUGGUUGGUGGCUAUGGUGUCACAAAAUUAUACAAUAAAUUAAAGAAAAGAAUACCAGAAAUAUCAGAAAUUUCGGAAAAUGUCAUUCCAAUAUAUCAAGAACCCCCCUCAUUUAAGGCGACCAAGCCCACUCCCGCUAAAAUACUACCACCGAAGAAAAAUGAAAUCGAAAAAUUGGUCAUUGCAUACAACAACCUUCAACGGCAAGCAAUGAACACUCGUGAUAAAUUUCAUCAAAAAUUGGCUACGACCCUAAUGGAAAUCGAAGAAAUACGAGAAGAAAUUUAUAAUUUUGAGUGUCAAAGUUCCAUUAAACUUCAUGGAAUUUUAGAAGAAAUAGAAAUUUGUAAUAACCUACAUUCAGAUUCUAAAGAACUUGCAAAUUAUAUAGCAAGUUUGAGGACAAAAGCUACAGAGGAAGAAGAGGUUAAAAAUGAAACAUUAGAAUUAAUGCAAAUUGAACUCGGACUAUUAAUAAGGAAGUAUCUAGAGUUGGAAGAACGAGAGAUGAGGGCAUGGCAUAAAGCGUUGAUUGACAUAAAGAGAGUACAAAGCCAACUUGCUCGAGCGACUAAUUGGGCAUUACAGCUUUCGAAAAAACGUUCUAUGAAAAGAUAA